AUGGGGCUAAAUGAUGGCUUUUACUUUGAUAACUCUAAGAUGGUAUCAUGGGGGGUAAUAGAAUUUGGUCCCCCACCUAAAUAUAUUGGAGGGCAUGUGACAGAAUUCCUAGAUGUAGAUGUUGAUAGGAUGUCAUAUUUUGAGUUGAGGGGCUACAUAAAGGAACUAGGAUAUACAGUAGAUUGUGAUUUUUUCAUCAAGUGGGAUGGGUUAUUAGUCCUUGUUGAUAAUGAUAAGGUUAUAUUUGACCUUUUCAAUAUGAUAAAUGAUGGGGAUACAGUAGAGGUGUAUGUUUUUCAUGGGGUUAGUGAAGCCAAUCAGGCCCCACUUGAAUUGGAGUUUGUCCCCAAUGUGAGUGAUAGUGGGGUAGGUGAGGAAUCUUUUAAUGAGGCUUCUAACCCUAAUAAUCAGCCUCCUACUUCUACUUUUCCUAUCCCUACAACUGGUCCUUCUGAAACUUCCAGCACUCCAUUUGAAGACCAGUCUACCACUGUGCCUCCACCAUCUCCUUCUACUGUGCCUUCUUCUUCCACUGUACCUCCUCCUUCCACUGUGCCUCCACCUUCUCCUUCUACUGUGCCUCCUCCUUCCUCUGUACCUUCAUAUGAUCCUAUAAUAGAUAAUGAUCCAACUGAUGAUGAAGUAGAAGAUGAAUCAGGAUCUGAAGGGGAUACUAAUGAAGAUACUGAGGUUGAUAGUGAUGUCCAUCAAGAGUAUGUAGAUAUAAGGGCAUCCAAGAGGCAUUUCAAAAGGUCACAAAGGAGAAGUAGAGGUACUAAUUCAUAUCAGAUUAAUGUUGAUGAAAAAGGUCCAGAUAUAGGGUAUGAUGAGACAAAUAUUGGUAUUAGGGAAAGCUUAGUUGGUAAGCUAGGAGGUGAUGAACCUUACUAUCUAAGUGAUGAAGCUCCUAGUUUUGAGAUAGAUGAUGAAACAGGUUGGGGAGAUGGUGAAGAGGUUGAUCAAGUAGUGCAUAAACCUGUCAGGAGGAAGAAAAUCCCAAAUAGAGUUGUGUUUGAUGCAACUUCUGAAAAGAUUGUUUGGGAAUUAGGACUGGUUUUUGGAACUAUUGAAGAAUUUAGAGUGGCAGUGACAAGAUAUGCAGUCCAAGAACACAUUCAAAUUGAAAAAUAUGUGAAUGAGCCUGGCAGAGUUAGAGUGAGAUGUUGUAAAGAGACUUGUCCUUGGUUGUUGUGUGCAAGUAAGGAUAAAACUAGUGGAGAUGUCAUUGUUAAAACAUACAACCCUGUCCAUAAAUGUUUGACAUCAACUCAUAACUAUCUUUGCAACUCAAAGUUUUUGGCCACCAAAUACAAAGAAAGAAUAACUCAACAGCCAAACAUCAGCAUUGUGUUGUUGAAGGACAUUAUUAGAAAGGAGUUGGAUAUUAAUGUUGGUAGAACAACAGUGAGAAGAGCUAGGACUAGAGUGUUACAAGAGAUCAUGGGUGAUCACAUUGUGGAGUAUGGUAAGAUUUUUGAUUAUAAAGAUGAAAUUUUAAGGAGUAAUCCAGGUAGUACUUGUGUAGUGAAGGUUGGAGAAGAAGAUGAAACUGGGCAGAAAAUUUUUGAAGGAUUUUAUGUUUGCUUCAAUGCUUUAAAGAAAGCAUUUUUUGGAGGUGCUAGGAGGUUGAUUGGUUUUGAUGGGUGUUUUCUCAAAGGUGUGUGUAAAGGCCAGUUGUUAGUGGCAAUUUGUAGAGAUGGAAACAACCAAAUGCUGCCUAUUGCUUGGGCAGUUGUUGAAGUUGAGAAUCAGUUUACCUGGACAUGGUUUCUUGAACUAGUGAAGAAUGAUCUUGACCUUGGAGAAGGGCAUCAACUAUCCAUCAUUACUGAUAUGCAAAAGGGACUAGAAAUUGCUGUUGAAAAUGUAUUGCCACUGGUUGAACACAGAAAAUGUGCAAGACAUGUUCUUGCAAAUUGGUGUAAAAACUGGAAAGGAGUUGAAAGAAGAAGAGUGUUUUGGAGGAUUGCUAAAUCCACAUUUGAAGCUGAGAUGAAGGAUAAUAUACAGGCAAUGAAGAAAUUAGGACAAGAAUGUUUGGAUGAUCUUUUAUGGUACAACUUGAAUACAUGGUGCAAGAAAUAUUUUCAAGACUAUAGCAAAUGUGAUGUUGUGGACAACAAUAUGGCAGAAAGCUUUAAUGCUUGGAUACUGCCUGCAAGGUAUAAAACAAUAAUCACAAUGCUUGAGGAGAUAAGGGUGAAGAUGAUGAAAAGAAUUGGUGAUUUGAGAGAGUUCUCAAACACUUGGAUCACUGAUAUAUCUCCUAUGUCUUUGAAGAUUUUGCAAGAAAAUAUUGAAAAGUCUAUGCAAUGUAACUUGACUUGGAAUGGAGAAAGAGGUUUUGAGAUUAAACAUCAUGGAUUUACACAUACUGUGGACAUUGUUAGUAGGAGUUGUAGUUGCAGAUCCUGGCAGCUCAGGGGCAUUCCUUGUCCUCAUGGUGUUGCUGCCCUUCAUUACAAGGAGUUGGAACCAAUCCAUUAUGUGGCUAGUUGUUAUAGCAAGGAAACGUACCUCAGCACAUAUGCCCAUUUUAUUCAGCCAAUGAAUAACAUGAAAAUGUGGCCAACAUCAAAUAAUCCAAUUGUAAAGCCACCAAAGAUCAAGAAGUUGCCUGGAAGACCAAGUAAAGUUAGAAGAAAGGAGGCAGAUGAAAGAAGAAAAACUGGAAAGCUUAGCAAAAGAGGUGCUAGGAUGUCCUACAAGAAACCAAGCUGGUCCAAGUCAAUCAACUGA